CACAAUACUAAAGGAUAAAUAUGUAAUUAAUAAUAUUUUAAGCAUGACUAGUAUUUAUAGUCGACUUCUCUUUCUUUUGGUAAAACCACAAACACAAAAUCUUAAAAAGGAAGAAUCUGUAGUUUUAACUAAAGUCUGAAACGAACAAAAAUGUGCUACAAAAAGAUUCUCCCACCUGUUAUUCCACCGCCAAAGUUACCGGCGGCAGAAGUGACGGUGACGACGGAGGUGGUAGCCAUCGCGAGUGUCCGUGACGACGGCGGUGAAAAGAAGGUGUGUGUAUGUUCACCGUCGAAGCAUCCAAGAUCGUUCAAGUGUAGGUAUCAUCAUCAUGAAUAUCAAUGGCUUCCUUCUUCUUCUUCUUCUUCUUCUUCUUCCUCUCCGUCUUCUUCUUCUUCACUCCAAAAAUGACACAUCAAUAUGUAAUCAAUAACUAUAGUUUUAUAUUCAUGGGUAUUUGUUAAUUUAAUUAAAGUAUAAAUCGUGCAUGUUGUGAUUUUUAUUCAUAAUCAAUAACCAUAGUUUAUAUUCAUGGCUAAUUUGUCGAUUUAAUCGAAGUAUAAAUCUUGCA